GAGAGAGAGAGAGGUGGGGACAAGACGUCGAGACGAGUCACACAACAGUAAGCCAACAACAUCCCAAUAACAAAACCGACUUCCGAUUCCUUUCCCCAUCACGCUCUCUUUUCGUCUUCUCUUCUUUCGAUAUACAGUUUUUUUUUUUCUCCCCUUUCUCUUUCUGGAAUGGAAGAUUCUUUCUCUCUCUAGAUUCUCUCUUCUUUUGUUCUCCUCCAUUCAUACUCUAGUUUUUGAUCGAUUCUCAUAAUUGUAAUUCAAUCACAUCUCAAUUCAAAACCCUAGCUGCACCUGCCUCUCUUUCUCUGUCCUCGCAUCUACUUUAACAGGUAGUGGCAAUGUCAACUCCAGCAAGAAAGCGAUUGAUGAGAGAUUUUAAGAGGUUGCAGCAAGAUCCGCCUGCUGGGAUAAGUGGAGCACCGCAAGACAACAACAUAAUGCUUUGGAAUGCUGUGAUUUUUGGUCCUGAUGAUACUCCUUGGGAUGGAGGCACGUUCAAGUUGACUUUACAGUUUACUGAGGAUUAUCCAAACAAACCACCAACAGUGCGAUUUGUAUCUCGAAUGUUCCAUCCAAAUAUUUACGCAGAUGGAAGUAUCUGUUUGGAUAUUUUACAAAAUCAGUGGAGUCCUAUAUAUGAUGUGGCUGCUAUACUUACAUCUAUACAGUCAUUGCUCUGUGACCCCAACCCCAAUUCUCCUGCAAAUUCAGAAGCAGCUCGCAUGUUUAGUGAAAACAAGCGUGAGUACAACCGAAGAGUUAGGGAAAUUGUGGAGCAGAGCUGGACGGCAGACUAAUCUUGAUGCUUUGGCGGGGCAGUCCAAGUGAAUGUGAAGUUUGGAGGCAUGGCAUGUGACAAGUAUCAUGUCCUUUAAAACUGUUCUUGUGAUAUUAUCGACUUUUAUCCUGUACCCUUGGCUUCCCUCCCAAUUAUUGAAUGUUAGGGUUAUUUUGUCUCUGCUUUAAUCUGACUUCCUCAUUGCGUGUCUUUAGGCUUCAUGUAAAAUGGAAAUUUGUGUAUCAAUUUGCAUUGGAUUGAAUCUUGGUGCUUCAAUAUAAAAAUUAGUAGACUGGUUUGAUUACAA